CGGUCACCCUGCGGUGUACGUAUACUUUACAGUGAAAAUAAACCAGAACUAAGCACAUCGUAAGUCGUAUCUUUAGUUUUUACCAUCUUUUCUCCAAUUUCUUUAAAUUAAUGACUGCCAUUUUUGUCCGUGGUCAUGGAUGAAGUUAACAGUCUUUCCUGGGAGGCUUUCAUCCAGCGUUUUGGUAACGUCAUCGAACACGGACCGAUCGUAGCUGGUGCGAUAUGGACACAGCGGCCGUUUUCUGAUGCACGGGAGCUGCACAGAGCCGUGUGUGGAUUUCUGGAUACAUUGCCUUCAACAGGAAAAGAAUCCAUCCUACGCUGUCAUCCAGACCUCGCAGGGGCUUUGGCCCGCGCUGACCGUCUCACCACCGAGUCCAAGAAAGAGCAGCGAGGCGCCGGACUUCUGAACCUGACGAAAGAAGAAGCUGCCAUCAUCACUGAACUGAACAUCUCCUACAAAUCCAAGUUCCAAUUCCCGUUCGUGAUCUGCGCCCGGGAGAACAAAAAAGAGGCGAUCAUAGCUGGCUUGAAGGCUAGGAUAAAUAAUACUGUUGAUGUUGAGCUCCAGCAUGGGAUUGGUGAAGUUAAGAAGAUUGCGUGGUACAGAAUACUUGAUCUGGUGCCCACGGCGUCAGACCAAAUGAUUGCUAAGUAUUGAAACCAGGAAAAGCUUUAUACUUCAUCUUUUGUCUCAUUUAUUUUCUGAUCAAAUCAGGUCUCAAUAUCAAGUAAUAAGAGUGAUUUUGUUGGUGGUAUUAUAUUGUUGGAUUAACCCUAACACUCCAAAAUCCUCUUUGCAAAUGGAGGAAUUUGUAGGAUUGAGGCUAUAUGGUAAAACUGUGUGGCUGAUUUUGAGGAUGCACUGUGUCAAGGUCUUGGGCCGGAUCUUGUGUUGUUUAUGCUCAGCCGUGCAUAAAUUUAGGCCUAGAUUUUACUUAAAAUCCUCCGCACUGCUCCAGGAUGUCACUGGCUCUACCUCAACAUAUUGACAGUGAUUGCUGGAGGAUUUUGCAGGAUUGAGGCAGUAUUCAGUUUUUACAUGGAGGUAGUUGGAGGAUUUUGCAGGAUUGAGGUUGCAUCCUAGCAAAAAUGCCUAGGGAGUUAGGGUUAAUGAAUUUCAAAAAUUUCAAUUAUUGAAAUGUAUCUUUGUCCAAGUAAUGUUCACUCCUAAACACAACUAACUUUUAGGGCUGUUUGGCGAUCUUUUAAUUUCCAGAUGAAGAGUUCAAUUCCAAACAGCGACAUUUCAUAUUUCACUUGAUUAUAUUUUCAAUUUGUGUUCAAGUAUAUAACAGCCGUCCAAAUUAUUUUUUGGGCAACCAAGAGGGAGCAUGAUUCCAAAAGGGAACAAAAUGGCGUAGAUCACAUUUUGGAAAUGAACACUUCGUAUUUCAAGGGAAAAUACAACAUUUGCAAACAUUGGAAAAUAAAACUACAAAGUUGUUACGAUAAACCUUACUAGGAUGUUGGUAAAUGACAGUAUAAAGCAUCC